AUGAUCUUUUGUGUCUGUGUUAUUCUGGCAUUUUUCGCGCGAGUUGGCGAUUUUUGUAUUCCCACACAGCAAGUUGUGACAAGUGAGUGAAUCCUGAUUUGUUUAGUGAAGAACAUCUGAUCAUAGGGUUGAAACAUUUUUCAGCCAGCCCAGUGGAGCCUACCACAAUAACAUCUACAAUUCCAGCAAGUUCCUCGACAACCACAACCACCACCACAACAACCACGACGACAACGACAACCACAACACCUCCACCUGAACUCUCUUGCAUCACCACUGAUUGGACUUUGAUCAAUCGAGGCAGCUACUCUUGGUGUAUCCGAGUUUACUGGGGCUAUGCGAAUUAUCUCAACGUCGAUUCAGUCUGCGCAACUCUUCACGCAGACGCAGUGCGAAGCGGUUUUCUAAACGCCAGCGAAAUAGCCACAGCGAGUUCCAUAGCGUUAGCCGAACGCAAUUAUAAUCAACGUCUUUUCGUUGGCGCCGAUCGUAUCAGUUCAUGUUACUAUCAACCAUUGAACGCAGUGUGCUCCGGAACGACUGCGUUCGGAUGGACGGAUGGUGUUACAAGUGGGACGGAUGGGUUUGUAUGGGCUGUGGGGCAGCCGGAUAAUUUGUUAUACAAUUCGGGAACUGGAUUUUCGCAGAUAUGGGCUACGAUGAGUACGAUGACUGCGUUGAUGGAUGAUAUUGGAGAUGAUGAUGCGGUACAAGGUGCUUUAUGUGGAAUGAAAGCCGAUUAUUAUUGA